AUGCCCUUCGCUUUCAUACUCGACGAUGACAAGUCAUCCAAGGUGCCCGGCACUGUAAUUCUCGAUGAAGACACAUCCAAUGUGGCCGGGGCCGUUCACAACUUCAAACAUGGAAACGGAAGCGUCAUUCUCGUACCACAGCCGUCUGAGGACCCGAACGAUCCUCUCAAUUGGUCAUACGGGAAGAAAAUGGCAUCCUUCAUUGCCACGCUCUUCGGAACCUGUCUCUACGCCGGUUGCACGUCGCCGCUUCUAAAUGCCGGCAUGCUUGUUGUAGCGGGGGACUUCAACGUGAGCCUGACAGCUGUGUCCAUGCUGGCAGGAGAGCAGAUGCUUGCCAUCGCCGUAUCGUCGCCCUUCGUUCUGGCCCUCUCCAGGAAGUACGGCAAACGUCUGAUCUACAUCUUGUCCUCCUUAUUUUCAGUCAUCGGCACGGCUAUCUGUCAGUCGACCGACGACUUCCAAGUCCUUCGUGCCGGCAGGAUUGUGCAGGCACUUGGAGUCACCGCUUACGAAUCUCUCAUCAUGGCCUCCGUAGGAGAUCUGUUUUUCGUUCAUCAACGUGGCCCAUAUGUUGCGACGGUUAACUUCAUGUUCGCCGGUGUAUCCAACAUGGUAUCGGUCGUUUCUGGAUCUAUAGUAUCCAGCUUUGGAUGGCGCUAUCAGUUCCACAUCUUUCAGGCGUGCUCUGUUCUUCAGCUACUGUUGCAAUUCUUCCUGUCACCCGAAACAUCCUAUUUACGGAAUGUCGAACAAGCCAUCAAUUCCUUAAGCGGAGAUCCAGAACCUCCAUCCGAUCUACACGACAAGCCAGCUGAGUUCGACAAUACUUCGAUUGAACAUCAAGAAUACGUGACGACUCAGCAACCGAAGACAUAUUGGCAGAGCCUCGCAUUAUGGGACGGGAUAUAUAGUGGUGACAGUCUCCUCCAGCUGUGGAUCACAACAUUUGCUAUCAAUCUGAACAUUGCGGUGUUGUACGUCGCCCUCGUUCAGGCCUUCUACUCAUCGCUUUUGGUCGCCCUGGCUAUCUCGAUCGCACAGUUGUUUGGGCUUCCGCCGUACAACCUUUCUGCGGCAGGAAUCGGAUACAUGUCUCUGGGACCCUUCGUUGGUGCCUUGGUUGGACUGGCUUUCUGCGGCAGCCUCCAAGAUCCUCUCAUUAAAUUCCUCUGUCGAAGGAACAGUGGCGUUUACGAACCCGAGUUUCGCUUGCUGCUGAGCCCAUUGUCUCUGGCCACUGGCGCUGGUCUUUUGGGGUUUGGCUUCCUGGUCGGCCAUCAAGCUAGCCAUUAUGCAUGCUCAGCCCUGUAUGGAGUCGCCCUGUUUGGCAUCAUUGGGUGUCUGUCGACAACCAGCUCAUACGUCCUUGAUGCUUUCAACGAUAUGAGCUCUGAGCUGUUUGUCGUAGGGAAUUGCUUCAAGAACUUUCUCUUCUACGGCAUGAGUUACGUUAUCAACGAUUGGAUCACUCGAUCUGGGCCGCAAUCUGUCUUUCAUAUUCUAGCUGGGAUCUCUUUUGGCAUUCUUGUUUUCAUGCCCGUCUUGUAUGUCUUUGGGAAGAAAUAUCGCCGCUAUUGGGGGGAUCAUAACCUCUUGGAGAAAUUUCACCUCAGAGCUGGAGAGCGUCGACGCGCGGCGUAG